CCAGCUUCUAGAAACCAACAAUACCUCGAACCUGUGAACAAGGACAGAGAUUAUGUCACUUCCCAUUACCAGGCUGAGAUGUUAUCGACCCUUCGAAGUCUCCUCGAGAGUCAGUCCGCGGCCCAGAACCUAUUGCAAACCCUCGUCGACAGAGCAGACGAGUCGAACAAAGAUGUAUCCCUCCAUACAGCAGUGCCCAAACCGAGAAUCGAGGCAAUGGACAUACCAGAGAUCCAGGAACUCAUCUUUCAGCACCUGGAACGCAAGGAUUUCGUGUAAUGCAUGCUGAUCAACAAGGCGUGGUUCAGGUGGGCAGCACCGAUGGUCUGGGGAACACUUAACCUAAGCAUCGAUACACAAUUGAAUCCACCAUUCGAAGCCCUUCACCGCUAUCGCCACUUGGUUUGCGUUCUCGAAAUGUCACACUCUAGUUCCGACAUGGAGUCCUACGCGGCACUAUAUUUCCAUAAACUACAAAAACUGAUCCUAACCGGUUGGACCAAAAUUCGAUCGCACAUUUACGCCCUGCUAUAUCGGCAUACAUACUUGACGGAGUUGGAGUUGGUCAUCACCGAUAUCUGGGAACCGACCACCAAAGAUGGUCCUCAAUUGUGGAAAACGAUCCGCACUUUGCCUCAUCUAAGGGCCCUCUAUGUCUGUGAUCUUGGGGUCCACUACGUUUCUGGCGAGUCCUGGGAGAUGCCUGCAUUACGAUCGCUGAAACUCCACUACACGGCCUUGCAGGAGAAAGUGGGAAAGCAGCUGGAGUCCCUAGCUCGAUGUCGAUCCCUCGAGUAUUUGGAAUGGUAUCCGGCACAGGUUUUGUGCAGGACCGAAAUAGCUGAAGCAAGGGGCUUUGUACAGAUGGUCGAAGCAGGAGUCUGGCCAGAGUUGGAGGGAUUGGCAAUGCAUCCGAGCCAACUGUUCUUUUCGGACGAGGAUAUUGCUUUGAUCUUGGCAGCCAUGCCACGGGUGACCAUUCUUGACAUGGGUGAGUCAAAUUUCGGCCCACUGUCGUUCGAGUGUCUUCAGACCCAUUUCCCCGUCCUAAAGGAUAUCAGUCUCGAUCGUUGCCAUCUGACGACAAAAGACAUGCUACUUAAGAUUAUGUCCUCUUGCUCGCGUUUAACCAGAUCUUGUAAAUCACGCCUCACCGAGAUGGCUGCAGAUGGCUAAUGGUGAACCUAUUAGCCAACUAAUGCUUCUCCACAAGUAUUCACACAGAAUUAAAAACAAAGACACAUCUCAGCGAUAGGGCAGCAAGCCCUUUUAGAACAGGAUAUGGUCUCUCAAAUAGGGAAUAGCAAAU